UCUCUUUGGAAAACCAAAAACGAAACCCUAGCUAUUCGUCUGUCUUUCACGGUAAAAAAAAAAAAAAAAAAAAAGGAAAAAAAGAAAAAAAAAAAGGAAAAAAAAAAAAGGAAAAGAAUUUCGAAAAUUUCGAAAAUCAAAUUCGAAAUUCAAGGUGUCAAAUUAGGGUUUCAUAACAGAAAGGUGGGAUUCAAACCCUAAUUCAUGCUUCGCGUGCGUGAUCUUCACGAUUCGUUAGGGAAAUCGAAUGUGCGCGGCAUUUCGGUCAAGAUCUGAAUAAUGCUCAGAGGCAUGUAUGAUGGAAUGUGAAAAUUGGGGUUUCCCUGUUUGGGUGUUUGAAUUGAGGGAUUGUCGAUGGAAAAUAGAAUAGAAAAUUCACAUGGCACUGAAAUUCCGAGGAAAUCGAGAUCUUUGGAUCUUAAGAGUUUGUAUAAAUCCAAGGUUGUAAAGGAGGCAACCCGAAACAAGAACUUGAAGAGAAAGACCAGUGCAGAUGAUGUUAAUGAUAGUAGGGAUAGGAAGAAAAAGAAGAGUAUAAAGGAGGUGUCUCUCAGUAGUCUGAAGAAUGUCAAUAGUAAUAGCAAAAAGAGUUUAGAUAAAGUACAUGAUAGUACGUUGAGCUCCACUUUGUAUGAUUCGAAGGACCUGAAGUUGGAAGGGAAUCAGAAGUCAAAAAGCAGUAUUGGGUUUAAUAGUGUUUCAUCGCUUAGUUUGGAUAAUAAUGUUAUUCAAAUUCCUAAGCGUAAGCGGGGUUUAGUGGGGCGAAAGAAGUUCAAAGGUGAAGAUGUGGUGAAGCAACAAGGCCAGUCUGAUAGAAAAAUUAAUCUUGUUGAUCAGACUAGUAAAUUAAGUGGUGAUGAGUCGGAAUCUCGAACCGAGCCAAGGAAUGUUGAAUGUAAGAAAGAUUAUGAUGAUUUCAAGGAAAACAGGAAUAAUGAGUCUAAUUCAGCAAGACAAUCGGCAGAAGAAGACAGCCGAACUGGUCAUUUAGCAGUUAGCAAUUGUGAUUCAUCUAAGAAAAAGUCACAAAGGAAGCGCAGUAAAAGAAAAGAUUUGGCUCCAAAUAGUAAAAGUGCUGCAAAGGUAGCUGAGCCUUUGGUUGAUAAUUCUAGUAAGAUAGGCAAUGUUUCGCAUGAAGACGAUGAGGAGAAUCUUGAAGAAAACGCUGCAAGGAUGCUUUCAUCACGGUUUGAUCCUAGUUGUACUGGAUUUCCAUCAAAUGCCAAGGGUACUGCAUUGCAGUCUGUGACUGGGUUGUCUUUUCUUUUAUCUACUGGUGAGGAUUAUGUUAGUCAUGGAUCUAAGUCUUUCUCUGGAUCAGAAUCUCCAUCAGUUGAUACUGCUGCUAGAAUUUUGCGUCCAAGGAAACAGCACAAAGCAAAGGGACAUUCAAGGAAAAGACGCCAUUUUUAUGAAGUUUUCUUUGGUGAUUUGGAUGCUCAUUGGGUACUGAACCGGAGAAUUAAGGUGUUUUGGCCAUUAGACCAGAGUUGGUAUUACGGCCUUGUGAAUGAUUAUGAUAAAGAAAGAAAACUUCAUCAUGUCAAAUAUGAUGACCGUGAUGAGGAAUGGAUUGACCUUCAAAAUGAGAGGUUCAAACUCUUGCUAUUUCCUAGUGAAGUUCCUGGUAAGGUGGAGCGUAGAAAACCAAAGGUCCAAAAGAGUAGUCCUGAUGAGAUAAAAGGAAGCUUGAAGCCCAGAAAAGAAAAGGAAAAGAGAGACUUGACUACAGAGGAUGAUGGCUGCAUGGGCAGCUAUAUGGAUUCAGAGCCCAUUAUUUCUUGGUUGGCUCGGUCUACUCGUCGGGUCAAAUCUCCUUCCAGGGCUGUUAAAAAACAGAAAACAUCCAGUCUAUCCUUCAAAUCUGUGCCACAAAUUUUACCUGAUGAAGCUGUCAAUGUCCUGCAUGGUUCCUUGAGAAAGGGAAGAAGUGAAGUAAAUAGAAAUUGUGAAUUUCCCGACAAAUUAAUUGAUGUUACAAAACAGCAGAAGUCUGCCUUGGAAAGUACCAGUUGCUCCAAAGAUAGCAAAUCGCCUAUUGUUUAUUUUAGGAGGAGAUUUCGCAAAACAUGCUUGGAAUUGUCUCAUACAUCUGAGGGUAAUCAUGGAUCUAGACAUCCACUCGGUUCUGUUAUUUCUUAUGCACCUGAGGGUGAUGGAAGUGGGGAAUUGGAAAAACCGGAUGUUCUUUCGGAAAUAUUGGAGCCAAGCAGGACACUGUGGUAUACUGAUGAUGUUGGGCUGCUGAAGCUAACUUCUCCGUUGAUUGAAUCUGGAAAGUUUAAGGUUAAUCUGAGAUAUCCUGUUCGUUCAUUUCUGAAUGACUCCUUCGGUGCAGAGAACCUGUGGUUGUUUCGUGCUUUUUGGCUGUUUCAUCAUGGUGCUCUGAUGAUAACAUGGCCAAGGGUUCACCUGGAGAUGCUUUUUGUUGACAAUGUAGUUGGGUUGAGGUUUCUAUUGUUUGAGGGUUGUUUGGAGCAGGCUUUAGCCUUUGUUUUCCUGGUAUUGUCAAUAUUUCAACAACCUAAUGAACAGAGAAGGUAUGUUGAGUUGCAAUUGCCAGCAACUUCAAUCAGGUUUAAGUUAACAUGUUCCCAACAUCUUAGAAAGCAGCUUGUGUUUGCUUUCUACAACUACUCUGGAAUCAAGAAUUCAAAGUGGAUAUACCUAGACUAUAAGCUAAAGCGCCAUUGUUUGCUCACCAAGCAACUACCUCUAUCGGAAUGCACAUAUGAUAACAUUCAGACACUUCAAAAUGGAUCGAAGCAUUCAUCAGUUACAACAUUUUGUGGGCAGCUCUCCCCUAUCAAGGGUCUGCAGAAGAGAACCAGACAGGGUGUUAAAUUCAUGGGUAGUUCCAAAGAGUCUGCUUUUGUCAACAUAUCUCAUUCUUCUUCUCGUUUCGAUGAGAUGUAUAGAAAACUUCCUCCUCUUGCUCUUUCUUUUACUGCUGCACCUACCUUCUUUCUUAGUUUGCAUCUCAAGCUGCUUAUGGAGCAUUGCCUGGCUCGUAUCAGCUUUCAGGACCAUGAUUCAGUAGAAAAUCCAGAAAACUCUGGAUGUUUGAUGGUUGACGGCUGCUCUAGCGUAGAGAAGUGUUCUAACAAUGGUUCAGGAAUUAUUUUAGAGGAGAAUCUGAAGGGUUCUGUAUGUGAUGCUGAUGCUGCUGCUUCUGAUGGAUGGUUUUCCUGCUCCAAACCGGAUUUGGAGGCUGAUUUUUCAGUUAGCAGUAACAGGGGCUGCAUAAAAUCCUCCGAGCAUUACCAAAAUGGUAAUCUUCAUGUCUCUGAAAGAUCUGCUGGUUCUAUCUUUCCUGAAACGACUGGAACUGAUGCCAUUGUCCAGUUACAGGCAUGGCAAAGCAACCAUUUGGAGUCGGAUCAAUUUGAUUUGUCACGAAAGCCUUUAAUUGAUGGAGAUAAGUCUAACACAGCUUCUUCUUCCUUUUUGAAUGGUCUGAGUAUUGAAAUUCCACCAUGUAACCAAUUUGAGAAGUCUGUGGAUGGAGAAUUACAUAGCAUUCAGCAGCCUACAGAUUUUUCUUGCAAUAAUGGUGGCAUUGUUCCCAGCCCUAACCCCACUGCUCCCAGAAGUACAUGGCAUCGCAAUAGAAGCAGCACAUCAUCUUUUGGAUACCUUUCACAUGGGUGGUCUGACGGGAAGGCUGACACUUUCCAGAAUGGUUUCAGCAAUGGGCCUAAGAAGCCACGAACUCAGGUCUCAUAUACAUUGCCAUUUGGAGGAUACGACUUAAACUCAAAGCAAAAGAGCAUACAAAAAGGGAUUGCUAAUAAGAGAAUUAGGAGAGCUAAUGAGAAGAGGUUAUCAGAUGUAUGCAGAGGUCCUCCAAGGAAUUUGGAGCUGUUGUCUUGUGAUGCUAAUGUAUUAAUCACAGCUGGUGACAGAGGAUGGAGGGAGUGUGGGGCACAGGUUCUGUUAGAGCUUUUUGAGCGUAAUGAAUGGAAGCUUUCUGUGAAAAUCUCCGGGAUAACAAAGUAUUCAUAUAAGGCACAUCAAUUUUUGCAGCCUGGUUCAACAAACCGCUUCACCCAUGCAAUGAUGUGGAAAGGUGGCAAGGAUUGGAUUUUGGAGUUUCCAGAUAGGAGUCAGUGGGCUCUUUUCAAGGAGAUGCAUGAAGAAUGUUACAAUCGGAACAUUCGUGCUGCUUCUGUUAAAAACAUUCCUAUUCCUGGAGUCCGUUUAAUAGAGGAGAGUGAUGAUAAUGGAACAGAAAUAGCAUUUAUUCGCAGUUCUUCAAAGUACUUUCGGCAUGUAGGAACAGAUGUUGAGAUGGCUUUGGAUCCAUGUCGUGUCUUAUAUGACAUGGAUAGUGAUGAUGAGCAGUUUAUUUUGAACAUUGAAAAUUCUUCAGAAUGCAUGAAUGGCUGCUUAGGGAAGAUCUCUGAAGAGAUUUUUGAGAAGACCAUGGACAUGUUUGAGAAAGCUGCAUUUGCUAGACAGGUGGAUCAGUUCACAUCAGAUGAAAUAGAAGAGCUCGUGGCUGGAGUUGGGCCCAUGAAUGUAAUUAAACCUAUUUAUGAGCAUUGGCUGCAGAAAAGGCAGAAGAAUGGAAUGCCCUUAAUCCGACAUCUCCAGCCACCGUCAUGGGAAAGGUAUCAGCAACAAGUGAAAGAGUGGGAGCUAGCUAUGAGCAAAAUCAAUGCCACCAUCCCAAAUGGAUGCCAGGAGAGAGCCGCACCAAUUGAGAAGCCACCUAUGUUUGCUUUUUGUCUAAAACCACGGGGUUUGGAAGUUCCCAAUAAGGGUUCAAAACAGAGGUCACAAAGGAAGCUCUCAGUUACUGGGCACAACAAUGCCUCCUUUGUAGAGCAGGAUGGUUAUCAUUCUUUCGGUAGAAGAUUGAAUGGGUUUGCUUUUGGUGAUGAAAAAGUUGUGUAUCCAGGCCAUAGUUACGAAUAUUUAGAUGAUUCCCCAUUGGCUCAGACAUCUCCUAGGGUAUUUUCGCCACGGGAUGCAGGUGGCAUGUUGAUGAUCAGUGAUGGGCUUGAUAGGAAUCCUCUCCAUAAACUUCAAAGAAGUAAGUCCAAAAAGCAAGGGGCUAUUAUAUCUUCUAAUGAUUCUCAGAUGAUGGCUAUGUACAGUCAUAGAAUGGUAGGACAUAGAAAUGGGGUUCAUCGGUGGAAUAUGGGCUUUUCUGAGUGGCCUGGUCGGCGGAAUUACCAACUAGAGGGGUCCCAAAGGUUGCUUGUUGAACAGUUGGACAGUUCUGACAUUGAUGAGUUCAAGUUGCGUGAUGCAUCUGGUGCUGCUCAGCAUGCACUUAACAUGGCUAAGCUAAAAAGAGAGAAAGCUCAGAGAUUGCUUUACCGGGCAGAUCUUGCAAUUCACAAGGCUGUGGUUGCUCUUAUGACUGCUGAAGCAAUUAAAGCUUCUACCGAAGACUCAAAUGGUGAUGGGUAGAGCAAUGGAAUCGAAUAUAAAAUGUUAAAAUGGAAAAGUGCCUAUCUCUUCCGCCUGGUCUGGAGCCAAAGAGAUUCCUUAUAUGGAUUUGACAUUGUUUUUGCUAGAAUGAAUCUGGUUUUACUUUGUCAAGAGUUGGCGGCUUCUUGUCAUUAUCCCAGGGUUCUGUGAUGAACUUUUGAUGUGAGAGCUAUGAGCAGUAUAGUGAUAAGAGAUUAUAGCUUCAUCGCAGCGACUUCCUGGUUCAUAGAAGUUCUUUUUUGUGGCCAUCUUGAGAUCUACUCAGUUCAGUGCAAAUGGUGUACUGAUCCUGCAGGUUAGGGGUUUAUGGGAUUUUGGCUGCUCGUCACUUUGUACAGAAUUUGUUUUUUCUUUUUCUUUUUCCCUUCUUUUUCCCCUUAACCUCAGCUUUUAAGUGUUCGAUAUUAAAGAAGCAAUUGGCCUAAAAAUAAUACAACACCACUUGAAUAGGAGUUACUAUUUCCUGUUAAAACUUGAGCAUUGCUGAAAAAUCACAUGAUGUGACUGACACGUGAUCAAAACGAAAGAGAAAGAUAAGAAAUCCUAUGUUAUGGUACAGUACAGUUUCUCUUCC